AUGGUGCGAGCAGUCUUGUUCCUGCUUCUGCUCAACACCUCCGCCUGCUGUGGUUUUGGCUUUAAAGGCUGCUCUCAGAACUUCCCCGAUACUGAGACCCUAUGGUGCUUCAACCACAACAUCGUCAACCUCUCCGAUGUUGUUAGCAUGAUCCCAGCUAAUAUCACGACAAUCAACCUGUCCAAGAAUAACAUCGCAGUAAUCCCACCUGGAUCAUUUAGUCACCUGCUCGGGCUCAAACAACUGGACCUGAGUCAGAACAAGCUGGUCUCUCUAAAUGGAGGAGAAUUCAGAGGUCUGGACGUCCUGUACUUUCUCAAUCUUACCUGCAACAACAUCUCACACAUCCACUCUCAUGCAUUUGAUGGACUUGCUAGGCUACAAUCCCUCCUCCUGACCCAUAACCUACUUGUAACAAUCUCUCAGGGUAUCUUUAAUUUCCUCCCCCUGAUUCAAAAAAUCGACCUUUCUCUGAACAUGCUCAAGACCUUCAACUGUGAAGAGUCUGGCGGCUCCUCUACUCUAAGGUGGCUCAAUCUUUUAGCAAACAACAUCCAGAAGGUAAACGUGAGCUGUUUCCCUGCCCUUGAGUACAUCAGGUUGUCCAACAACACCGAGCUGGAGCUUCAGGCAGAUGUUUUUGCCUUCAACCCAAAACUGAGGAGUUUGCAUCUCCAGGGAGUUAAAGCAGAUGUGCUAGGGGGACUUUCUGAGGAGACAAAAAUGAAUCUCUCUUGGGUAUCAUUUUCGUUGUUUGUGGAGAGAUCUCCAUUUACCAUCUGUGGAUUGAUGAAAGGAAUGGAUCAGCUGCAGAGACUCGAGGUUGACUUGAAAGGAUCCAAGUUACUUCAUCCUAACUCCACCCUCCUGGACUGUGCCACUCCACAAGUUCUGUUCAUUUUGCAUGCAAACCUUGGGAAUGUUGCUCAGGUGCCGUUGGGUAAGGGGAACACAGGCAGACUCUAUCUCAUCAAUUGCGGGAUGAAAGAAAUAUCUCGUACUACAUUUGAGGGUUACAAACGACUGAAAACACUGCAGAUAAAUCAAAACAAGGUCAUCAUUCACGAGGAUACUUUUCAAGGCAUGUCCCACCUCACCUUUUUGAGCUUUGACAGGUGCAAAUUACGGGACAUCAACCCCAACUGGUUCCUACCUCUGAAGACUCUGACUCGCCUGUCUCUCCUGAAAAAUGAAAUCACUGAGUUGACCCCAAUGGUAUUCAGUGUCCUCACCAAACUUGAGCAGCUCUACCUGCAGUUCAAUCUGCUAAAAUAUAUCACCAAGAAGCCUUUCAGUAAGCUGCGGAGGCUGGAUAAACUCAACCUCAGUUUGAAUAUAAUUGAUUUCAUUGAAGAAGGCUCUUUCCAAGAUCUAACGAGGCUCAGAUACCUGGACUUAAGUGGGAACCGCAUCAAGAGGCUGACACCAUCCAUUCUGUCUGGCCUGAUGAAUUUGAGGACAUUUGUUCUGUACAACAACCGCCUCCAUUUUAAAUCAUAUGAAUCUCCUUUCAUCAACCUUAAUUCUCUGGAUAAUGUGCAGUUGAACUACCAGGGACCUGGAGGACGAGGCAUUGGUAGUAUUGGACCAUAUUUCUUUAAAGGUCAGCGUAAUCUUACCUCACUGGCCAUCGGGCACAGCAUCAUGGUUGACUUCCAUCGUGACGCCUUUGCUCCUCUGGUCAAUUUGAAGUACCUGUAUAUAGCAGGGGUGCUAAUGAAAACAACCAACCUGAGCGCAGUGCUUUCCCCUUUGAAAAAGCUGUGGAAGCUGACUCUUUACAGGGCAGACCUGGAUACUCUGCCUGCUGACCUGCUGCCUCCAGAUAAUUCACUGGAGGUCCUCAAAGUCCAGUCAAACCACCUCCGCACUGUGGACAAAACCAUGCUGGAUGCUCUGCCAAGAUUGCGUUUUUUGGACGUUUCAGAAAAUCCACUUACCUGUACCUGUGACAAUGCCUGGUUCAAGAACUGGGCUGUCCAAAAUGCUCAUACACAGGUGUCCUACCUGUAUGACCUCCAAUGUGACAAUGACAGGAGAUCUCCCUAUCUGUGGCAGUUCAAUGAUAAAGCGUGCUCCUACGAAAACGUUUCCUUCAAUCUCUUUGUCACCUUCUCUGUAAUGGAUGUGUUAUUUGUGUUUGUAUGUCUGACUUGGCACAUACAAGGACCUAGCCUCCGCUACCUGCUGCUCAUCCUCAGGGCAAAGGUGCGUGGGCGUAAGGGGGCAGCAGGGGCCAAAUUCCAGUAUGAUGCAUUUAUUUCUUAUAGCUCCAAUGAUGAAGCCUGGGUGAUAAGGCAACUGGUGCCAAAUCUAGAGAAGCCAGCUUCUGGUGCACCAGGACUCAGGCUGUGUCUCCAUCACAGAGACUUUCGCCCGGGUACUUCUAUCCUGGACAACAUCGAGGCUGCCAUCUACAACUCUCGACACACCAUUUGUGUAGUGACACGUCAUUUCCUGCGAAGUGAGUGGUGCUCUAUGGAGUUUCAGCUGGCCAGCCUGAGGCUUCUGUGUGAUGGCAGUGAUGUCCUGCUGCUGGUGUUCCUAGAGGAGAUACCUGAACACUGUCUGUCUCCCUACACACGCCUACGCAAGAUCGUACGCAAGAAAACCUACCUGCUGUGGCCUGAGAAACCACAAGAGCGUGAUGCCUUCUGGGUCAGACUGAUAGAUGCCUUGAAAGACAAUGAGGAUGAGAAUGAGGAAGGAAGAGGAGGAGAGGGUGAGUUAGUACAGCUAAUUGGCUAG